CUCAAACCAUGAAGAACCUGGUGGCCCUGCUACUGCUGAGCCUGCUUUCUCUGCAUGGCACUCCAUCACAGGCUGACGACAUCAACUCAGAUGCAGAAAACUUACCUGUAUUUUGUACCAGAUAUAAGUGUCCCAGAUUUCAGCUGGUGAAAAAAUAUGAGAAAUUUGAACAUAGAAUUUAUAAUGCAACAAACUGGGUCACCACAUCUCUAAAGCUGGACUUCUUUGGCAUUGGACUAGCAAAAAGCUUCAAACGCCUGCUAAACUAUAUCAAUAAACAAAAUUCUGAAGACCUAGUCAUAAAUAUGACUGUCCCAGUACGUAUAAAGGUUCCACAGAGUGAUAUUUCAUCUACAAAUGCUACCAUAUCGUUAUUUCUGCCACCAGCUGUGGUGACUCCUCCUGCUCCCCUGAACCCUGCUGUUUAUUUGGAAAAACUCCCCGAAAUAUCAGUAUAUGUCAGGUCAUUUGGUGGCUAUGCUCUGAAUUCUGACUAUGAAAAGCAAGCUAAAAUACUUGCUAAGGAACUGGAAGCCCUGGAAUUGCCUUUUGAAAACUCAUACGGGACGGCUGCAGGCUACAGUGAUCCCUUAACCUUUUUCAAUCGUCACAAUGAAGUUUGGUACAUAGCGCUGUAAAUGAGGAGAAACAUUCAGUCAUUCAUAGAAAUAAGGUUGAUCAUGUAUCAGUGUACAAUGUAAGAAAAACAUCCCAAAUACUAUGUAUUCAGAUUGUGACUAUUGGUGGACAUUUAUCCCAGAAUGUAAUGUAUUGACAAAUACUACAAAUCACAAAAAUAUUUGGUCUCGAUCACAAUCAGUGCUACUCUAUCCUUACACUUUCCUGGCAAGUUGCUCCUGCAAGUGCUAAACUUAAAAAAAUCCAUUUUUGGCUAUUGCCAACUUGUUACACCCCAACAUAUUUCAAUGAAUGCCUUGACUGUCUUCUUAAAACAACAUAAUAGGAAGAUAAUGGGAGGUUACCAUUAGCCUGAGAUAAUGGCAAGUUAAUCACUUAAUCACUGGCAGUAAUAUCAUCAAAGAAGAUAGAGACAAUUAUGCUAGAGGAAGCUAAUUAUACAUUCACCUCCUUAUAUUUCCAAGGAAAUAUUAAAAAAUCAAAAUACGAUGUCUCUUCCAAAUUUUUUUAAUUAUAUUGUUCACUGUGCUUUUUUUUUUUAAAAGUCCUUAGCAACAUAUUGUCAUUGAAACAAAAACAGUGGCAGAAGCAAUAUACUUCCCUGCACAAAAUAAAGUUGAGUGCAUGAACAGUACAGUAAUUGGAGUAGGCAGCAAGAUGGCACUGGCACUCACUUAAUUACAGUACCCUGGGCCAGUGAUGCUUUUGAAGGGUGUGGUUCACUUUUAAGAUAACUCUUAGUAUGUUAUAGAAUGGCCAAUUCUAAGCAACUUUUGAAUUGGUCUUCAUUAUUAAUUUUUUGUUAGUUUUUUUUUUUAUUUGCCUUCUUCUUUUAACUGUUUCCAGCUUUCAAAUGGAGGUCACUGACCCCAUCUAAAAGACAAAUGCUCUGUAAAGCUACACACUGCUAUCCACACUCUCCUAUUCAUAUUCCAGUCUUUUAUUUAAAUCAAUGAAUUGUUGCUAGGGUAAUUUGGACCUUAACAACCAAAUUUCUGAAAUUGCAAACUGGAGAGCUGCUGAACAAAAAGCUAAAUAACUCAAAAACCACAAAUUAAAAAUGAAAACCAAUUGCAAAUUGUAUCAAGAUAUCUCUCUCUAUGUCAUAAUAAAAAGUUAACUUAAAGGUGAACAACCCCUUUAAAGCAGAGGCGUGCCAGCUUGGUGUAGGUGGGUAAUGAUUAUAGUCACUAGGUGGUGCAUAACAAAUUGAAACCCUGGAUUUUGGGUUUAGUUCUCCUAUAAUAACACUGGUGUCAAGUACAGGUAUAGGAUCCAUUAUCUGGAAACCUGUUAUCCAGAAAGCUCCGAAUUAUGGAAAGGCCAUCUCCCAUAUACUCCAUUUUAUCCAAAUAAUGCAAAUUUAGUAUUUCCUUUUUCCCUGUAAUAAUAAAACAGUAGCUUGUACUUGAUCCAAACUAAGGUAUGAAGAUCCCAAUUACGGAAUGAUCCAUUAUCCGGAAAAUCCCAGGUCCCGAGCAUUCUGCAUAACAGGUCCCAUACCUGCAUCUUUAAAAAAAAAAA